AUGCCGUUCUCUUCUGCUAUGUUAAGCCCUAGUAGCCUCCGAGACUCCGUAGCUUCGUUCCAUCGCUUACUCUCCCUGAGUCCGCCGCCCUCCGUUGUCGAAAUUAAUAAGAUUUUAGGAUCACUUGCAAAGGCCACACAUUGCACCACUGCUAUCUCGCUUUCUACGCAGGCGGAAUUGAAAGGAUUCAAACCAUCUUUAGUUACACUAACUAUUUUGACCAAUUGCUACUGUCUUGUGGGUGACAUCACUUCUGCCUUCUCUUUAUUGGGGAAGAUUUUCAAGUGGGGUUAUCAACCGAAUACCGUAACAGUUAAUACGUUGAUGAAAGGACUCUGCAUGAAAGAUGUGGGGCAAGCCCUUGACUUUCACGAUGAUCUGUUGGCAAAAGGAUUUUGUUUAAACCCAGUUAGUUAUGGUACCUUAGUUAACGAGCUUUGUAAAACUGGACAAACAAGAUGUGCUGUUAAGUUGCUCCAAAUGAUGGGGGGACGGAAAAUUAAAAUUGUGCCCGAUGUCGUCAUAUACAACGCAGUCAUUGAUGGCCUUUGUAAAGGAGGCUUAGUAAAUGAGGCAUCUAAGUUGUGUUCUGAAAUGAUCAGGGGAGGAAUAUCUUCUAAUAUUGUUACCUACAACACUUUAAUCUGUGGUUUCUCUAACACCAGCCAGUUGCAAGAAGCUAUUAGGAUGGAUGAGGCCCUAGAUCUGUUUAAUGAAAUGCGCUUCAAAAAUUUGCUGCCUGAUACAGUCACUUACAGCUCUCUUAUUGAUGGCUUGUGCAAAGCUAAGAGAAUGUCCCAUGUGAAAGAUCUUGUUUAUGAGAUGCGUUCCAAUGGUCACGCUCCUAAUAUAAUAACCUGCAAUAUCUUGUUGAAUGCAUUUUGCAAAAUGAAUAAUCUUGACGAGGCAAUUACAUUAUAUCGACAAAUAGUCGACCAAGAAAUACAGCCUACAAUAUAUACAUACAAUAUACUAAUCGAUGGUUUGUGCAAAGGAGGUAGGUUCAGGUUUGCAAGAGAGAUCUUUGAAUAUCUUAUGACUAAAGGCCAUCAUUUAAAUGCCUACUCUUACAACAUUAUGAUAAAUGGACUUUGCAAAGAAAGCUUGUUUGGUGAAGCAUUGACGGUAUUUUCCAGAAUGAAAGAGAAUGGUUUCCUCCCCGAUUUGGUGACAUUUACAACACUUGUUGGAGCUCUGCUGAUGAAAAAUGAGAAUGAUAAAGUAGAGGUGCUUAUUCAUGAACUUCUGAAUCAGUGA